AGGUCUUCUCUCUGCCUACUGGGGAGCAGGUUAAACUUGAAGCUUCAUCUGUUUGCUUUUGCACUGUGCACCCUGAUGAACCUCAACAUAAAAUCUUGACCUUGGUCAGUCCCCAGGACACAAAGACAGUUGUGGCUGUUUACAUAAAGGAGUCCUGGUGGGCCACCGAAGACGUGCUGAGGACCUCUGACCCUGCAAGAGAAGGUCUAAUGAAGGUUCAGUCAUUUGGGGAAAGGAUUGUGCUAUUCGUCCUCAACGUCGUUAUUUUUGGAAGAUUGGAGAGAAGUUUGGAUGACGACAUGUUUUUUCUACCUCACUCUGUGAGGGAGCAGGCUAAGAUUCUAUGGCGGGACGGAGCAGCGGUGGGAUUUUACACAACCAAAGCAAAAGGCAGCCUGUGCGGGGAUGGCACAGGCAUGUGCUACCUGCUGCCUGUCUUCGACACCGUGUAUGUCCGGAGGAGACACCGUCGCCAAGGCCUGGGCGUGGCCAUGCUUCAGGACUUCUGUGAGACGUUCCGAGAUGACGAGGCCCUGGGGGUCAGUUGGCCAAUUUCUUCUGCCAUGUACCAAGCUGUCCCAGGAAGUUCCAAGGAGGACAUGAGCAGUCACGGGCGGACUUGUCAAGAUGCUGUACCCAGACCGUCCAAUAACGGAGAAGGCAACAAGGUACAAUGA